AUGCAUUAUGAGCAGUUCGGCGCCACUGAUUGAGCAGGAAAUCCUCGACUCGAUUCGACCGACUUUGACUGAAUUACUUACCAUCUGGGAUUAUGUGGGCUAUACUGGAACAGAACGCUCAGAUCACUUACACACGGCAAUCCGGAAACUGCGCGGAACCUUGGAAGAGGUGGUCGCCGAAGAAAAUGCUGCUCGUCUGGAAAUGGAACACCAAGUGGAACAAAAACGCAGAGAGGUUUCGGACCUAUGCCAACAGUUGCGACUACCCGCUUUCUUGCCGGACAGGGGCCUCUCUGCGAAUGACCUUCUAAAAACUCUGGAACUAAAGUGCAAGGAACUUCAGCAGGCCAAGUUUGACCGGUGUGAAGAGUACAUGAGAUUGCGCAACAGACUGGAGAAACUAAGCCUGCUACUUUGCGAACCAGCUGACCUUGGUGCGAAGCGUGUCGCCUCAUUCCCACCGCUCACUUCGAGUAACAAUAUCGGCGAUCAGGUCGAUCAGGUCACGACAAGCGAUUUCGAUCCGGCCUCCUGUGAUUGCGUUCCUGACGAACGAGAACUAAAGCGAAUUCGUGAGGCACACGAUGAACUGAAUGAUAAGUAUGCGCCUCUGGCUGCGCAACACGCAUCUCUCAUGGAGGACAUCGUGCGUAUCAGUGAGGAUAUUGGCUACGAGCCUGAAUCCGAACAGGAGUCGGAACUGUUGGGAACAGCUGGACUGUCGCACCUGUGUGCUCAAUCUAAUGGUCCCUCAACCGAUAUAGUUGCAUCACGAAAAGUUGUAAAGUGGACUGACUCCGUCGGUUAUUCUUGCAAGCAAACUGACCCGGACACUGGCAUUUCGUCCAGCGUGUCAUCCAUCGAACCGGUGGUGGGUGAAAAAACUCUGAAAUGGCUGACGGAGUGGCGCUCAAAAUUAGUCAAAGAAAAGGCUCGCCUUGUUUGCACAUGUGAGGAACUGCGUGCCUAUUUGACCACCAUGUGGCGAAGACUGGACAAACCUCAAUCGGAACAAACGGUUUUCUUAACGCAACAUGGUGGCUACCGGCCCGAAACACUGGAAGCACUUCAGGAAGAAGUUGAUCGAUGCCAACAAAUCAAGUGGGAAAAACUGGACACUUAUCUGAAACGAUUGACGAUGGAGGCAGUGAAAUUGGCCAAUAUGUGUUGCAUGGAUGAGAAGAUUGUCCAGCUUCCGCCAGAUCAGGACUCCACUGAUCCCGAGGUGGUAGCUAACCAUCUGGAAACGGUACUCGAGCAGCUCAAUCAAACCUACUCCACAUAUAGACCGAUUUUCGAAAGUAUAGCUGCCUAUGAAGAGCAAUGGCAAGCUCUGUGUGAAGUGGAACUGCGUCUACGCGACCCAGCGAUCUUCUCUAAUCGAGGCGGCAUUCUGCUGAAAACUGAAAAGGAGAAGAAACGUCUUCAGAAAGAAGUUCAGCGGGCCGAACAGGACGUUCUGUCGACCAUAGAACAAUACGAAUUGCGUACUAAGACGUGCUUCACCUUGUCUGAUGGUCGAACUUUCAAGGAACACGUAAACGAGCGAUGUGCAGGCAGUAAACCGUCCAGAGAAUCAUCCCGCGUCAGACGAUCCGUUGUUGGUGGCGCUACAACUCCUAGUAGUAGUUCCAGACCCAAUUCGGUCAAUCUUUCCGCUCCACCUGGAGCUCCCACGUGAUCUCUCUCACUCUGUCGGCUGUUUAUUCCUUUUUCACCUUCAUUCACGGUUUCUCACACUCACCUGAUGACAUACAGCUACCUGUUUUUUGCUUUACUCUUCGGUUUGCGUUCAAACGCACAUCUUGUUCCUAAUUAACAUAUUUUUACCAUCGUAUUACGCUAAAGGAGGUGUAUGUAUAUUGAUUUCCGUUUACGCUUUACCCUGGGUCCCCGUGUUCAAGCUCGCUGUGGUUAACUUUAAUCAUGCUUUUCUCUUAUGCCCAUUUCUCGCACAGUUUAUCCAUCACUUGUGCACCGGUUUCUAUUCAGACAUCAUAUUCAUAUUAUCACCACUAUUUUUAGUUUUAUUCAAAGAUGAUAUGUGCAAUAUAUGCGUUUUGGUCAAUU